AUUACGAGCAUGGAUGUGCCGGAUAGAUUCAAGAACGACGACGAUGAAAAAGACGUAGAUGAUGGCACAGGCGUGAAUGAGGAUGACGACAAUCGACCCAUAUUCGCACAGCAGUCCAUGUAUGGCAUAAUCGCCGCAACACGAUCAAAACCAGACUUCCAGACCAGCUUCCAGCCAGACAGCGAAAGUGACAGCGAUGAGCACAGCAGCACGAGGAGAAAGAGCAUGGACGCACCCAAGCGGCGCAAAGAGAAGGAUGCACAGAAGAUGAAGGCGAGAUCAGAGCCUCAGAAGUCGGCCAAGAAGGCUGAGGACAUUUCGGGGUGGAAAGAUGGCAGGAAAUCUUCAGAAUUCAAGCUUGCGAGAUCUUUCCUGAAGCCGAUGCGAGAGCGUUCAGAUUCGCAAGGCCAAGGCCAUGAUCCUAUGACGCAGAGCCAGUUCUUGCCGCCUCGAGGUGAAGAGCAUGCUGAGACUGAGACUGGCAUAGAACAGGCGCACACGCACACGCACGCACACGCACACACCCACGCACUUCGCAGCGAAGCACCCGUAUUGGAUCGCAAAUUAGAGGCCAUGCGCAAAGCUGAGAUGCAAGCAUCGAUGGCAUCAUCGUCGAGUGGCAGAAAUCGCAGGGACGGCAGGAGGUCCACAGAUGGCAAGAAAAGGAAGGAGGAGCAGAGACCAUUGCCGCAAGUCAUUGCAGACAUCUUCCGCUUCGACGCACCGGAAGAAGUGGUGGCGGAAUUUCCGUGCUGGUACCUGCAGAAUGUGCUCCUGCAGGGCUUCAUGUACAUCACCAGGAAGCACCUCUGCUUCUAUGCCUACCUACAGAAGAAGACAAAUACUACCAUCAAGCACGGCCGUUUGGGCAAGCUCGGGAAGCACAGCUAUCGCUAUCGCCCAUAUUGGUUCGUUCUGAAAGCCGACAAUUUUUCCUACUACCGAGAUUCCGCUGAACCUUACUUCCCCCUGGGCCAAGUCGACCUGAGGUUCGCUAUCUCGGCUGAUCUUGCCGAAGAGAAAGGCACAGACACCACAUACUUCACACUCACAACACCAACGAGGCUCUAUCAGUAUCAAGCCGAUACGCCGGAGCUGGCGAAAGAAUGGGUGAAGCAGCUUCAGAAUGUCAUCUUCAGAAGCCACAAUGAAGGUGACGCCGUCAAGAUCUCGUUGCCAAUGGACAAUAUUCUGGAUGUUGAGAAAUCAAAUGUUCUGGAGAUGGCAAGCACCAUCAAAGUGCGCGUCGUCGAUAAUGAGGAGACCUUUGCCAUCGAUGAAUACUUCUUUACAUUCUUCAACGCUGGAGAUAGGGCCGAAGAGGCCUUGAGGAUCUUGAGAUCACACGAGCCGUCACCGCCAGACCCUGUACGCCCAACACUCUCACCCAUGUCAGCUGGUGACAGCCCAAGUCCGCGUCUCAGUGGCGCGCAUCGCCGUGCAAGUACGAAACUACGGCGCGGCAGUUCCGGCUCUGGGAGCGCGAGCUUCGACACUGGACGCAGAAGUUCCAGUGGCCAAGAAGGUGCUCGCCGUGCUUCGAAGUCGCCCGUAUCGCCAUCAAUACAAGAAUCGUCAGAGAGCUUUGUGACAUCUUCCGAGCAGCCAGACUCUUCUUCGCAUGAAGAUGAGGAGCAUGAUGUGGAUAUGUCGGCAAGCCAAAUGCUGAGCGAUGACCACGUGUUCCGAGGUCCUACGCUUAGAAUGCCUCAGCCUCGGCGCGCAGUGUUGGGCACAGGGAAGCAUCUACAGCCAGAGUCUCGAGACUGUUCGCGAUCUUCCAGCCAAGAGCCUAUGCCUGUGCGGCUACACCCUCCAUCAAGACAGCACACAGAGCAAAACGACAAGCCCAAGCCUUCAGAUGCCACAGCUCCGAAGCUCAUUCGCGGAAUUUCUACUCCUCUUCAAUACGGCAUGACUGUGGCAGGCAUGGUUCGUUCAUCUAGUAAGCGCAUGGGUUCAUACCUUAGCAGUAGUCCAAAGGCAUACAUCGACAAGUGGUCAGACGCAAUUGCUGGUGGCAAGCGACAGUACAUCAGCGAGGAGGGAAUGGCACCUGACGACAGUAUACGCGACCUGGAGGAUGGCCUGGACGUUGUCGAGCACGAGCGACGCUUUCGAGAACAUUUUGGCCUGCCUCCGACAGAAAAACUGGUAUCCACUUUCUACUGCUGGCUGCAUAAGACUGUUCCACUCUACGGAAAGAUUUAUAUGGGCACCCGUCGCUUCUGCUUCCGGAGUCUCUGGUAUGGCACGAAGACAAAGCUGAUAAUUCCAUACAAGGACAUCUUGAACGUCUCGAAACAGCGGGGUUUUCGAUGGGGCUAUCCAGGUCUGGUCCUGGUCAUCCGUGGUUACGAAGAGCUUUUCUUCGACUUCCCUUCAAAUGGCCUCCGGGACGACUGCGUAGUGACCGUGCUCAAGAACCUGGAAUCCCUGGAAACUGCCGCCCAAUCUACGCUGCUGACUCAGGAGGAGCAACAAGAUGCUGAAGAUGCCGCUGCCGAAAACGAAUUGUUGCGUGAUGCCAGGACAAGCAGUGCUGACCAUGACUUUACAGACGAGCUUCGAUCGGCGAUGUCUCCAAUCCUCUAUGAUGACCCGUCUGCUUCUACGGCCGCCUUGAAGCCGAAAAAGUCGUUGCGCAUCACAUGCCUGACGAUUGGCUCACGUGGCGACGUCCAGCCAUACAUUGCAUUGUGCAAAGGCUUUCUUGCUGAAGGCCAUAAGCCGCGCAUUGCGACACACGCAACUUUCAAAGACUGGAUUGAGAGGCAUGGCAUCGAAUUUGCAGAAGUCGGAGGAGAUCCAGGCGAGUUAAUGAGGAUUUGCGUAGAGCUAGGCAUGUUUACGCCAUCAUUUCUCUAUGAAGUUAACACCAAGUUCCGGGGUUGGCUGGACGACCUGCUUCAGUCUGCCUGGGAUGCCUGCCAGAACUCUGAUCUGCUCAUAGAGAGUCCCUCGGCUAUGGCUGGCAUCCACAUCGCGGAAGCGCUGCAAAUCCCAUACUUCCGAGCUUUUAGUAUGCCUUGGACUAGGACCAGAACGUAUCCGCACGCGUUUGCUGUAUCAAAUUCUAAGAUGGGCGGAGCGUACAACUACAUGACCUAUACUCUCUUCGACAAUAUCUUCUGGCAAACGCAGCAGUUUCAGGUCAAUCCGUGGCGCCGCAAGACCCUUGGACUACCUCCUACCAGCUAUGACAAACUGCAGCAGAACAAGGUGCCGUUCCUCUACAACUUCUCGCCAAGCGUGGUCACUCCACCUCUCGAUUUCAGCGACUGGAUCAAAGUCACCGGAUAUUGGUUCCUCGACGAAGGCACGGACUGGACUCCGCCUACAGAGCUUGCAGCAUUUAUUCAGAAGGCUCGUGAGGACGGUCAGAAACUCGUCUACAUAGGCUUCGGCUCCGUCACCGUGUCCGAUUCUAGACAACUUAUGCAGCAGGUCGUUGAUGCCGUCCUCAAAGCUGAUUUACGCUGCAUCCUCUCCAAAGGCUGGUCUGACCGCUUCGAUAGGAAUAAGUAUGCACCCGAGCCAGAAAUUCCGGAUUGUAUCUACAAGAUCGAUGCAGCACCUCACGACUGGCUGUUCAGACAAGUCGACGCAGUCGUUCAUCACGGCGGCGCUGGUACGACUGGAGCGUCACUGAGAGCUGGUGUCCCGACAAUCAUAAAGCCUUUCUUCGGGGACCAGUUUUUCUUCGCAAACCGUGUUGAAGAUCUUGGCGUGGGCAUGCACUUGAAAAAGGUCACCGCAAACCAGCUUGGAAAAGCGCUUUGGAUCGCCACACAUGACGCCCGCAUGUGCAACAAAGCUAGGGUCAUUGGAGAGCAGAUCCGCAGCGAGGAUGGCGUCAAGACUGCUAUCCAUGCCAUCUAUCGUGAUCUCGAGUACGCAAAGAGUUUGAUCAAGAAGCAUCCUCAGAGGAACAGCACGGAUGGCCCGACUGAGGACGAAGAUGACGACUUAACGGAAGAGAAUUGGACGUUUGUCGAGAAAGAGCAGGAA